AUGGGCGGCAUGGGCUUGACCAGCGCCGAGGACAUUCGCGGCGCGGCGUGGGUUGGUACGUGGGCUCUCGUCACGCGGCCGAUCCGCGAGCUACACAGGCCCUUCGCCGAUCUCGACGUCUCGACCGCGCCCGGAGAGUGUUUCGACGAGCUGCGAGAGGCGCACACGCAGCUCGUCAGCAGACACGACCUCACCGACAAGUGCCAGCGGAGCUGGCGGACGCAGGUCGUGUGCCGGGAGGUGGUGAGCCCGGGCACUGCGAUCAACGAGGCGAAGGCGGAGCCGAGGUUCCGCUUCUACCCGCACGGGCUGGCGCCGGCUGCGGAGCUGCUUCCCCUGGCCCAGUUCUCGUCCACCAACGAGUUCUUGCACCAGGCGCAGCGACGGUACACCUCUGGCGUGCACCAUGCUAACUGGCUCGACCUUGCCAAGGAGCUUACCGACGAGGCGCUUCGCAGCGGCGGCCGCAAGGCGCCCUCCAAAGGCAACAAGGUCGGAAAACGCAAGAACCACAAAUGCUGGCGAGAGGCGAUCCGUUUUGUCGCCGUCAGCCAACCAGGGGCCGGCGCCUUCCUCAACGCCAUCCCCAUGCGUGAUGACAUGAAGAUGGAGUCCUGGGCGAUGCGCGUCACCGUCCAGCGCCGCCUUGGGCUCCCCCUUGAUGUCGCCUGCCAGGCGGUGGAGGCAGGCAAGAGGGCACCCAGCGGCCAGCUACACGACGUCCUUGGCGACGCCGCGAUGGUUAACCCUCGGUCAAAGCAUGCUACAAGACACAAAUUUCUACUCAAACGUUUGGUCAAAUGCCUCCGCUCGGCGUGGGGCAUGAUCAUCGAGAUGGAGCCGACCGCACACCUCAGUUACAGUAAUCCAAAACAACCUGACGUGGCGGCGGCAAACAUCGGCAGGGGGCACAGGCGCCUCGUUGCCGAUUUGAAGCUCACGAGCUCGCUUGCGAGCACGGGCAAGGACACGGCCGGCGACGGAGAGCUCGGCUGGAAGGGGGCCUACGUGCGCUUUGGCAACACGGAGACCGGGCUGCUCAAGUUGGUCAAAGGGCGCGGCAAGUGGUCUCCGUCGGAAGCGACGGCAGCGGCGGUGGCGGGGGAGGAGGAGGAGGCCGAGGAGGAGGGGGAGGAGGGGGAGGAGGAGGAUGCCCCCAAGGGAAAGCUCACGGAGCAGCCUGGCGAUUACCCCUUUGCGCGGCAGCAGGAUUGCGAUCUACGUUUGUUUGACUUUGAGGCUUUCGGAGGCUUUGGAAAGGAGGUUCGCAGCACCCUGAGGGAGGCGGCGAACCAGCUGAGCAAUAAACUUUCGCACGCUCAGCACCUGGACGAGGUCACAUGGACCACCAAGAACUGGCACGGGCUGCAGAUGCAGCGCUUGUCUGUCGUCCUCCACACCGCCGUGGCGUGGCAGACGGUGAACGAGCUAGCGUGCGGGGAGAGCGGCAUUGUGCAUGGGGCCGGCGUCGCCGCCGGAAGAAGGCGCGAAAGAAGCAAGAAGCCUCGUGCAGCUUUCAUGUUUGGCAGCUAUUUUAGCGGGCAGGCGACGACGGCGGAGCGGCUGGCCUACGUCCUGCUCGCGCUGGCCGUGCUCGCCUAUAGCUCUGUGACCAUCGGCGCAGAGCUGGGACUGAUCGCGCCGAGGUGCGACCUGCCAUCUCGCGCCGAGCCUCUCAAGUAUGGCAACCCGGACUAUGUGGAGGACCCAUGCAAGGGUGUGCGUCACUGGAGCCUCCUCGGCUUCACGACCUGGGAGUGCUCCAUCUGUGCGCGCAUCCUCAUCUCGAUUGCCGUCGGGACGGUCAUCGGGUGGGAGCGCUCGCUCCGCGGCCACACGGCGACAGGCAUGCGCACCAUGUCGGUACUGUGUCUCGGCGCCUGCUGCUACUGCAUCUGCUCGCUCUUCUCCUUUCUCGACGGCCCCAUGGCGUGGGACGCCUCCCGAUCCUCGGCCGCUAUCCCGACUGGAGUCGGCUUCCUCGGCGGUGCGACCAUCUGGAAGGGCAAGAGCUCGUCUUCUGGAAGGGAGGAGAUCCACGGCCUCACCGCCGCGAUCCUCGUCUGGCUGACUGCCGCCGUUGGCAACGCGAUUGGAGGCGCCAUGUACGUGCCCGCCCUAUUCACCACCGCCGCCGCCAUCGUCAUCCUCAACACGAAUGCCAUCGAGUUCAUCACGGCCACCGCCGCGUCGCGCAAGCGGAGCCGCGACUCCAACUCGACCCUGCAGCGCGAGCACCAUAGCGCACUCACGUUGCUCGCGUUGAACCUCAUCACACUCACGGCGUUACGCCCUCAUGGCGCGCUCGCCUACGCCCUCCUCUCGCUCGCCGCACCCUACCUCGCGCCGCCCUGCGACCGGACGGUCGACCCGUCAAAAUACACGGCAAAGUACUCGAACCCAGUGUACGCCGCCACGUACGACCCGUGCUUCCGCGACCGCCACGCGAUCCUAGGAGGGCUUUCGAGGUUCGAGGCGGACCUCUGCGUCCGCCUGAGCGUUUCCGUUCUCCUCGGCGCGAUUAUCGGCUACGAGCGGAAGCGGAGCGAUCGCGGCGUCGGAACCCAGAACCUAGAUGCCGCGCGCACAGCGCUCUACACCUUUGGAGGCAUCUAUUGCGAGCAGACGGGCCCGUCGUCCUGGGACACUUCGCGCGUGGCCUCAUCGGUCGUCUCGGGCGUCAGCUUCAUCGGAGGCGCGGUGAUUGUUAAGGGCAGCGACAAGAACCCACACGUCCACGGCCUGACCACAGCCACUUCGGUGUGGCUCUCGGCGGCGCUCGGGCUCAUGGCUGGCGGCGCGCUCUACCCGGUCGGCUUCUUCGCCGCCCUCACCGCAGUCUUCUACUUGCGCUUCGGCCCGCGCUCCUACGGCACGGCGCCGGCGAGCCUCGCGCACAGCAUUUGGGUGCCCGCCGGCCGCGCGGGCGCCUCCUCCGCCGCAGCCCCAUUGGAGGAGGAUCCAAAAGGGGAGGAGGGUCUCAAGUCGUAG